UUAAAGGUGCAAAAUCUCAGAAGCAUGACCAUGACAAGAAAGUACUGGGCUCCAUCAUGAAGUGUACGGGACAUCAAGUGUCGAGUUAUGCUGACUUCAUUUGCAAUUCAUAUUCCUUUGGGCGCGUCCUCAUGUGGGUUCUCCGUGUCCGGCGACGACCACGCUUCACUUCACGACUUCUUUCCAAGUGAGUGAGUCAGCAGAGAGGAGUAAAGUGUUUAUGCAGAGUAAACAUAUAGUACAUUAUAGUCUUAACAACAGUGGACUCCAAAGUCACUAAAGGAAGGCAAUGAAUAAGAAAAGGUACUUUCUGGAUCCCCCAGUCAUCAAAGAUUAUAUGGUUAAAGGAGAACGAUUUACCAAAUGGUCGGAGGACUCCAGCAAGACUGUUCCUGUCACCAUGAAGAUGGAUACAAAAGGUUUUUACCUGUACUGGACCAACCAAAGCAAGGAGACAACAUUCUUGGAUGUUGCUACUAUCAGAGAUACUAGAACAGGAAAAUAUGCAAAACUUCCAAAACAUCCAAAGGUCCGCAAUGUGUUUAACCUCGAUUUCCCAGACAGCAACCACUUGGCCAAAACGCUGACUGUUGUUUCUGGUCUUGAUACCGUCAACUUGAACUACCAUAACUUCUUUGCCUCCAAGGAAAAAAUGACACAGAAUUGGGCGAAUGACAUUCUUGCCAUUGCCUACAACGCCGCAAGAAAUAAUGCCUGCAGACAAGUCUUCUUGGACAAAAUCUAUGUUCAGAUUUGUCUCCAAACCAACAAAGAUGGCAAGAUCCCAGUGAAGAAUAUUUACAAGAUAUUCCCUGCUGAUAAGAAGAGAGUGGAAAAUGCACUGGCAUCAGCCCACCUCCCCAAAGGAAAGUUUGACAGUAUAAAGCUUGACGUCUUCACUGAAUCAGCUUUCAAGUCCUUCUUGGCAAAUCUCUGUCCUCGGCCUGAAAUCUAUGAAAUCUUCACUUCUUAUUCCAAUAAACCCACCAUGACCAAGGAGAACUUUGCCAAGUUUCUCAACGAAAAGCAGAGAGACUCCCGGCUCAAUGAGGAAUUGUUUCCACGGCUACGGCAGGACCAGAUAAAAGCUUUGAUGCUCAAAUAUGAACCCUGCACCACAAACUGUAACAGAGGUCUCAUUACCCCGGAAGCGCUCUUGUCCUUCCUGGUGGGUCCUGAGACUUCAGUGGUCAUGCAGGACAGGCUGGCAAAAUGUCAGGACAUGACCCAGCCCCUACCCCAUUACUUCAUCAAGUCCUCUCACAACACGUACCUGACAGCUGGUCAGUUUUCCGGCGUGUCCUCCCCGGAGAUGUACCGCCAGUGUCUUUUGUCGGGAUGCCGUUGUCUGGAACUUGACUGCUGGAAGGGGAAACCUCCAGAGGAAGAGCCCAUUAUUACACAUGGCUUCACCAUGACCACCGAAAUCCUUUUCAAGGAUGUGAUUGAGGCCAUUGCUGAGAGUGCUUUCAAGACUUCCCAGUAUCCCGUUAUCCUUUCCUUCGAAAACCAUGUUGACUCAGUGAAGCAGCAGGAGAAGAUGGCCAACUACUGCAAAACCAUAUUUGGUAAUGCCCUGCUGACAGAGCCUCUGGACAAAUACCCUCUGAAGCCAGGACAGCAGAUUCCAAGCCCGACCGAGCUCAUGGGCAAGAUCUUGAUCAAAAACAAGAAGGGAAUCCAUGAAUGCACAAACCAGACAACCAAGAAGAGCAGCACAGCAAUCAGUGACCAGAUGACAACUGUUGCUUCACCACCACGUAACACUGACCUACUUUCCGAAGAUCCAAUCAAAUCGACCAAUCUGGAGAGUCAGGAUGGAGAUAUGGCUGUGGAAGAUGAGGAACAAGAGGACACAGAGGAACAGGAUGAAGAAAAAAUGAAGACCUGUGAUGAGGGCACAGCUGGACAGGAAGUCACAGCAUACGAGGCCAUGUCAUCGUUGGUCAAUUACAUCCAACCUAACAAAUUCAUCUCCUUCGACAAUGCCAGAAAAAAGAACAAGAGUUAUGUCAUCUCAUCUUUCGUGGAGACCAAAGGGGAAGCUAUGAUUGCCAAGACUGCCAUCGACUUUGUUGAAUAUAAUAAAAGGCAGAUGAGCAGGAUUUACCCUAAAGGAACAAGAAUGGACUCAUCCAAUUUCAACCCCCAGCCCUUUUGGAACGUGGGCUGCCAGAUGGUGGCGCUCAACUAUCAGACAAUGGACUUCCCCAUGCAGCUGAACAUGGCACUGUUCGAAUUCAAUGGAAGGACGGGCUACCUGCUCAAGCACGAUGUGCUGCGGCGCAAUGACAAGAAGUUUGACCCGUUCUGCGACAGGAUUGACACAGUUGUUGCAAUCACAUUGACCAUUAAGAUUUUUUCUGGACAAUUUCUGUCUGACAAGAGUGUAAAAACUGGAGUGGAGGUGGAGAUCAUUGGGCUGCCAGGAGACCCCAAGAAGAAAUAUCGCACCAAGUGGUCCACCACACCCAACUCUAUUAACCCAGUGUGGAAUGAGGAGCCUUUUGUGUUUGACAAGAUUCUCCUCCCAGAAAUGGCUUCACUCAGAAUGGCAGUCCAUGAGGAAAACGGCAAAUUCCUCGGACAUAGAAUCAUUCCCCUUGAUGCCAUUCAGUCAGGUUUCCAUCACAUUUGCCUGCGCAGUGAAAGCAACAUGCCGCUCAUCCUACCUGCACUUUUUGUGUACAUUGAGGUCAAGGACUACAUCCCUGCUGCUUUUGCAGAUUUUACAGAUGCCUUAUUCAACCCAACAAAGGGCACAGAGAAGACGACACGGACCCCAAAAGAGUCAUCCUCAGACUACAUUUCUCCUUAUGAGCUCCCUUUUGUGCCCCAAACUGAAGUGACAAAAGCAAAGGAACUAACAGUGGAGGUUCCCCUUGUACCAAAUCCACCCAGACUUGAGGUGAGUGACUCACCACCCCAUGAUGCUUCACCUGAAGAUAGCGAAGAUGACGCUGAAGAAGAGCGCACGUCAGGCACUCCACAACUUGAAGACCUUCCUCCGGAUGCUGAACCAGGAAGUUCCACGUCUGAAGAGCUUGUCCCAGAGGAGGAUGUCAUACAGCCUGAGACGAGCACCGAAGACAUAGAAGAGUCAAGCAGUGACUCUAUAAACUCGGAGCGAAUUUCAAAUGAUGAACUAGUCGAAGAGGUGGUUCAAGGAGAGCCCGGUCCAUUAACUGCAUCACCGGAAUGUGCAGUGUCAGAUAAAUCAUCUGCAGCAUGUAAUGAAGUAACAUCAACCGUGACAACUGCAGAACUGGCACGGCACAAGAGCUACCUGAAGGUCAUCAAGCGUCAGGAGAAAGAGACAAAAGAAGUGGAAAAGAAGUAUCAAAGAAAAACUGAACUUUUAAGACAGAAAUAUUCAGAUGCUUUCAAGGACUGGAAGAAGAAGGCCUUGCUGAAGAAAAAAGACAUAACCCAGAUCGAAGCAAGCACAUCGAGCUGCAGUCCCAAAACCGUGCAAGAGCACAAGCAAAAGCUGCAGACUGAAUUGCACGCUCUAUGGACGGAACAAUGUGACCAGCUGAGGAAGAAGAAAGAGGAGUGUGCCACAGAGAGACUGGCUAAACUGAUGGAGAUGGCUAAUGAGAAACACAGCAUUGAACUGAAGACCUUGGAAAGUGAAAUCAAAGAGAGCAAGAAGAAGAUCAAAUCUUCCUCACAGAAAUCCAAGCUGAAAAAAGCAAUAAGCCGAGAACUGCUGGAUGAGCUUGAUGAAUCUGAAUGUGUGUCUUGUGAGUACAGCAUGCAGCAAGAGACUUUGAUGGUGAAACAAACAGCCACACUGGAGGAGAUCAAGGCUUUCACUAAUCAGCUUAAUCAGGAGGCCCUGAAGGAGCACGAAGACAAAAUGAGGUCUCUACCAGCAGAGGUGAUGGAGGCUGUCAACGCCUGUGUGGGCGUCCACUUCCCUGAACUUAUCGACAAGGCGGCCACCAAUAGAGCAGAAGGGUCAAACGUCUACGGAGAUGUUUUUCUAGGCUAGAUGAAUUUUGCUUCCUAAAUCUUGAUCAUUCGGUUCCGAAUAUUCAAUGACAGUCAGGUUUCAUUUUAUGAUGGAUUGCAGUUAGUAUAUGUGUGAGACAUACCAUUUUGCUUAGAUUAAUUAAUACUGUACAUAUGUAUUAACAUAAUACAUAAUGCAAAUUUACAAUUUUGCAUUGCAUAGUAUUUAAGAUCUUAUCAAUGGUUUAUUUUAGAGGAUAUGAAUGACUUAUCCAGUUGUACAAUGAAGCAAAAUGUAUUGUCAGAGAGGGAAGUCAGCAACUGGACUGCACACAAUGAGCAAUAUUCACACUUUAAUAUGACACCUUAUGACUGCUUCACAAAUCUCCAAGAGCGCAAAGAAUCCAUCUGGGACUAAUAGCAAAACUUUUGUGGACACAGAGCUGCUAAAAGCUAAUCCAUAAUACAGACAUGUGAUUCGCACCCACUCAUGCACAGCUUCAUACAUGGCACAUUAAAAUAAGGGGCACAAAGCAAUGUCCUCAUCAGAGAGAGCCACUUAUUUCUUCAAGCGUUGACAAGCACCAGCAUGCAUUUAUUAAUGAACGCAGAUUUCUCUCUGACUCACCAUCCAACGCAAUCUGGCCUCUUCCCCUCACUUCCUGGUUUUUUUUUUUUCUUUUCAUUUAUCUGUACGCUCUUCUUCUCAAUCAAUGAAUUGGCUGGCAUUUAUAAUUGGAUGAAAGACGGGCGACAGCUUGUGCCUGAGAGUCCCGCCACCUCUUGCACUACACAGAUGAUCUGUGAGUUUGUCCAGUGUGAAUGUUUCGAGAAACAGAUCAAACCCGACGACACUUGACUGCACCAAUACUGGAAGGAAGCCAAAAAUAAAGAAGCUAGGUUUUUUUUUCCUCUUAAUAAAUUAUAGAGCAGCUGAAAAAGCAGACAUUCCAAAUGCCGAACUGACUGCAUCAAGAAUAGCAUUGUAUGUAAAUUUAGAAAGAAAUUGACCUGAAUGAAAAUGAGAAUGAAUACUCAAUGGACGUUUCACAGGAAGUGAUUCAUUCCUAUUAUGCACAAAAAAUAAAUGGGGAAAAAGUACAUCAAA